AUGCCCAACAUAAAACUAGUAGCGGCACACUGCAAAUUCACAAACCUGCAUUGUGAGACCUUUGACAAACAGGCCCUGGAAUUUAAGAAGUGCUAUAUAAAGGCAGUUAGUCGUGAUUAUAACUAUAUAACCAUAUUUAUUAAUCUUAAAGAGGUGGUUAGGAAAGUUAAGGUACGCGUUUCUCUUUUAAAACGUGCUAAUGGUUGGAAACCAUUUUUGUAUGAUAUCAACGUGGAUGGCUGUCAGUUUAUACGAAAUCCAGCUAGAAAUCCAGUAGCCAAUCUCUUCUAUCAAUUUCUAAAGGAAUUCUCAAAUAUAAAUCAUGCGUGUCCUUAUGAUCAUGAUGUACUUAUCGAUAAGCUGACCAUACUGAAUGGAACAGUCAAAUUACCAUUUCCUUUAGGAGAAUAUGCUCUAGACACACAAUGGGUUAUCAAUAAUCGCAUGCUCCUACGUGUUAAUGGCUCUUGCAUAUAUUGGAAGGAAUGA